AUGUCUACACAAGCAUAUAAAAGACUCAACAAGGAGUAUAAACAGAUACAAGCUAAUCCGCCACCUUUUAUUAUUGCCAGACCUUCUGAGUCCAAUAUUUUAGAUUGGCAUUACAUCAUCACUGGGCCUCCAGGAACCCCGUAUGAAGGUGGGCAGUAUCAUGGGCGUGUCACAUUUCCUAGUGAUUAUCCCUUCAAGCCUCCUAGGAUUAAGAUGUGUACGCCAUCGGGAAGAUUUGAAAUCAAUACCAGGUUGUGUCUGAGUAUGUCUGACUUCCAUGAGGAAUCAUGGAAUCCGUCAUGGUCGGUAGCUACUAUCAUCACUGGGUUGUUAUCCUUCAUGACUGGAGAUGAGAGUACCACCGGAAGUAUUGUCACAAGUAAACAAACAAAGGUCCAACUGGCUUUGAAGUCUAAAGAGUUCAAUACAUACUCUAAUCCACCAUUUAAGGAAGUUUUCCCGGAUGUAUGGGAGCAAAAUUUGAAGGAUCUCCAAGCAAUGAAGGAAGCUGUGAAACCGAGCCAGAAGCAAUCCGAAUCCACGGCUGAUAUUAAAGGGGCAGAUAGCAAAACGCAAGUAGUUAAUAGCUGUGACGAAAUAGAAGAUCCCGAGGACAAGAUCCGUGCAGAAAUGCUCAAAUCAAAGGGUGCCGAAAGUGGCGAUGCAAAAAAGGGUGGAAAGAAACCAGUGAAAGAAGAUGGCAUUAGUUCACUGAAAUUGAUGGCUUUCAUCAUUUUCGUUGCCAUUGUAGUCAAAUCCUGUGGAUUCAUCUAG